CCGUCCGGUCUUUACGCCGUGCCUUUACUCCUCUUCAAUCCCCAACUUUUCCGGUAGCUCGUACUACGGAUUACCCGCCAUGCCUCGGUUCUUCUCCCAUCUUCCCCAGCUUUGCCCAGACGCAUAGCUUAGAACCCCCGCAUCGACAGGGGUCUGAUGCGGAGAUCUAGCGUCACGAAGCCUGGAGGUGCUUCCCCCCAGGUUUAGAUGCAUCACUUGUAAGCCAUGGUCUCGCCGGGAUAGACUCGGCCAUUGGCCGAUAGGAGAGCGCGGGGGGUUAGUUAUCUGGGGUUUCGUCUGGAGCUCCUUCGCCUGGAAGGGUAUCCGUAGGCAUGCAGUGGUAAUGGGACUAGAGAGAAAUCCACUUUCGAAUUGCCGUUUUCCCCAUCUCCUCAUGGCCCUGGUGGUAUUUAUUUCAACUGAGCGUCUGCCGGCUGCUACCUGUCUUGGUUCUUCCUUCCUUGUAGACAAUAAAAAGACGAAGACAGAUCCUUUCUGUGAUAAGACAAACUUAAUAUCAUAUUCCUUUUUCCAAUCCGACGAGCCGCGGUCAAGUCAAGGACUGGGAUCACCAGAGAAGCUCAGAACUUUAUUGCAGCAGGUCCCUUCAAACAGUGGCGUCCGCUUGCCUUCCGUCCCGCAUCCGGAGAGGGCUUCAUAUCACGCUCGAAUCUCCAAAAGACGACAGACCUACCUCACAAACGCCAAACGCCUCACUUGGAAUUACAUCCUCAUAUUUUUCUUGAGUAAUAGCAUCCUCUUGAAAACCCGUCGGGCGGCAAGCUAUCGUUUGGACAAAACCACACAUCUACACUUCAACAUGCCUAUCGAAUCACGGUGGUCGGAGCCCAUCCCGAACUGCUCGCUGCAGACAUGGAUCUUUGGCUCCUCCAAAGCUCCCCUCUCCGAUCGCAAAGCAUUCUAUGACGGCGAUAGACCAGACACCCACUUCCUCACCUUCUCCGACUACCGCCUCGUGGCGAAGCAAAUCGCCCUCGGCCUACAAGCGGCGGGCCUCAAACCCGGCGACCGCGUCCUCCUCUUCUCGGGCAACAACCUUUUCUUCCCCGUCGUAUUCCUCGGCGUCCUCAUGGCCGGCGGCAUAUUCACUGGCGCCAACCCGACCUUUGUCCCCCGCGAACUGGCCUACCAGCUCAAGGACAGCGGCGCAACCUUCAUGGUCGCCGCCGAGGGCAGCCUCGACACCGCCCUCGAGGCGGCCAAGGAGGUCUCCAUGCCCGCCAGCAACGUCUUCGUCUUCGACACCACAGUGCCCGGCUCAAGCGCGCCCGAGAAGCCCGCGCGGGGCGGCGCCCGCCACUGGACGGAGCUCAUCGCCCCGAGGGCGCGGGCCGAGACGUUCGAGUGGGUCGAGCCGGCCGACGCGCGCACGACGACGUGCUGCCUCAACUACAGCUCCGGCACUACGGGCGUGCCCAAGGGCGUCGAGAUCUCCCACUACAGCUACGUUGCCAACGGCACCGGCGUCGUAAAAGUCGCCGCGCUAGAGCCAGACCACGAGGCCUCCGUCGCCCGCUCCGUCGGCCUCUGCUUCCUGCCCCUCUACCACGCUUACGCGCAGACGUACUUUGUCGCCAACUUUGCCAAGCAGGGCAUCCCCGUCUACAUCAUGACGGGCUUCGACUUUGUCAAGAUGCUCACCUACAUCCAAAAGUACCGCGUCACGCAGCUCGUCAGCGUGCCCCCGAUCCUUGUCGCCCUCACAAAACACCCCAUUACCGCCAAAUUCGACCUCAGCAGCCUCGAGACCGUCGGCUCCGGAGCAGCACCCCUCGCGGCGGACGUAGCACGCCAGACGGAGCGCAUUCUCAAGAAGCAGGACCUCAUCGUCCGCCAGGGCUGGGGCAUGACCGAGGUCACCUGCACGGCCAUGACGUGGGACCCGAACCGCCUGAUCCGCAGCGCCUCCGUCGGCGAGCUCAUGCCGAACUGCCAGGGCAAGCUCGUCGACCCCGAGACCGGCAAGGAGAUCACCGAGGCCAAGGUCCCUGGCGAGCUCCUGAUCACGGGCCCGACCGUCAUGCGCGGCUACUGGCGUAAUCCCAAGGCCACCAACGAGACUAUCGUCACCGAUGCUCAAGGCAACCGCUGGCUGCGGACCGGCGACAUUGCCUACAUCGAAGAAUACAGCACAGGCGGCCUCUUCCACAUCGUUGACCGCAUGAAAGAGCUCAUCAAAGUCAAGGGCAACCAGGUGGCCCCAGCUGAGUUGGAAGCAUUGCUUCUUGAGCGUCCAGAUGUGGCCGAUGUUGCCGUCAUCGGGGUUACCAUUGACGGAGAGGAGUUGCCGAGGGCAUAUAUCGUCCGGUCAGCUGACACCAAUGCUUCUGGGGAGGAGAUUGCAGAGUGGCUGGCAGGUCGGGUCGCCAAGCACAAGCGUCUUAAGGGCGGUGUUUCAUUUACCGAUGUGAUUCCCAAGAACCCCUCCGGCAAGAUCUUGCGAAAGAUUCUUAGAGAAAAGGCCAAGAAAGAAGUUGGCGACUCGAUUGCAAAGCUAUAGAAAGAGGAUUAUCGACAAGAAGAACUGUAGUUAUUGAAUGGCACUCAAAGGCGGAGAGGGUUUACAUAGUUUCAAAGUAACAUACAACUCAGGAAGAACAAAGUCACCAACCUCAAGAGUGGCUCCCCGCUGGGAACUUCCGAUAAUGUUACAUAAAUUCGUCUAUAACGUUCCACUGACUAGAGCUACCUUUCGCCCACCUUCCAAAUAUGUGGCUCACUUGAAGUGAGCAAUAGGGUAUCGUCCAUACUGUACAGAACCCUUCCGUUGCUAAACAACCUUGAACUCCCUGCCCCCCUUGUUACUUUGAUGAAAGCGUGCACA